GGUGCGGCACAGAGGAGCGCUCGCAUCACAAGGUGACCCCAGCUCCCCACCGCCACCGCCGCCGUCACCGUCGACACCGCGUUCCGGCCGCUCCGCGCCCGCCCAGUCGCCUGGCCUCUUUCUCCCUCCCGCAGCCAAGAUCUGUCGGACCGCUGGGGACCCAGGGAGCCGGGGGGCUAGGAGCUCACUUGGGGCUUUCCCCCUCCCCCCUCCGAGAGUCCGGGAUGGAGAGCCGAAAGGACAUGGUUAUGUUUCUGGAUGGGGGUCAGCUUGGCACUCUGGUUGGCAAGAGGGUCUCCAAUUUGUCCGAAGCCGUGGGCAGCCCGCUGCCCGAGCCGCCCGAGAAGAUGGUGCCCCGUGGUUGCCUGAGCCCGCGGGCCGGUCCUCCAGCCGCCCGGGAGCGCGGCGGGGGAGGCCUGGAGGAGGAGCCGGUCGACGGAUUAGCAGGCAGCGCUGCGGGGCCGGGAGCCGAGUCGCGGGCAGGCGGGGCCGCGGUGCUCGGCCCCGGACCUCCGGCUGCCUCCGCCGACAGUCUCUCUGGCCAGGGGCAACCCAGCAGCUCAGACACCGAGUCGGAUUUCUAUGAAGAAAUCGAGGUGAGCUGCACCCCGGACUGCGCCACGGGGAACGCCGAAUACCAGCACAGCAAAGGGCCUGGCUCUGAGGCACUGGCCAGCAGUCCCAAUGGCAGCAGCGAGACCUCCAAAAGCAAUGGCAGUGGUGGCUCCCAGGGCACCCUGGCCUGCAGUGCUAGUGACCAGAUGCGACGGUACCGUACUGCCUUCACCCGGGAGCAGAUUGCACGACUGGAGAAGGAAUUCUACAGGGAGAACUAUGUAUCCAGGCCUCGGAGAUGUGAGCUGGCGGCUGCCCUAAACCUGCCGGAAACCACAAUCAAGGUGUGGUUCCAGAACAGGCGCAUGAAGGACAAGCGGCAGCGGCUAGCCAUGACGUGGCCGCACCCGGCCGACCCCGCCUUCUACACGUACAUGAUGAGCCACGCGGCGGCCGCGGGCGGCCUGCCCUACCCCUUCCCGUCGCACCUGCCCCUGCCCUACUACUCGCCGGUGGGUCUGGGCGCCGCGUCCGCCGCGUCCGCCGCCGCCUCGCCUUUCAGCGGCCCGCUGCGCCCGCUGGACACCUUCCGCGUGCUCUCGCAGCCCUACCCGCGGCCCGAACUGCUGUGCGCCUUCCGUCACCCGCCGCUCUACCCGGGCCCGGCGCACGGACUGGGCACCGCGGCCGGCGGCCCCUGCUCCUGCCUCGCCUGCCACGGCGGCCCGGCCAACGGGCUGGCGCCCCGCGCCGCCGCCGCCGCCGCCUCGGACUUCACCUGUGCCUCCACCUCCCGCUCGGACUCCUUCCUCACCUUCGCGCCGUCGGUGCUCAGCAAGGCCUCCUCCGUGGCGCUGGACCAGAGGGAGGAGGUGCCCCUCACCAGAUAAGGGGCCGCCCGCGGGCAGCCGGCUCCAGGACGCCCGUGGGGACCCCUCGGGGACUCAGACAGCAUCCCUCCCCGCCCCAGGGGCACCGAGGGGAAAGAAGAGGGCCACCGAGGACCAGCGGGA